AGAAAUUUAUUUUUUUUUUCCGAAAAUUCCGCAGGUAAUGAUGUAUUUUGUUUGUUUUCUUUGAGACCUCUGUUUAUGCUUCAAGUGAGCACAUAUAGAAAAUUUCUCCCACCAGAGAAGGCGCCUUCUCAGGGUAGGAGAAGUUCCUUUUCCGCUUCUCCAUCCACUCCAUCACCUGACUCAUUGUUACCAAAGCUUUGCUUUCAAUCAAUAGAAGAGAGACAAAAGUUAUGUUAUGGCAUCUAGAGGGAAGGGGAGAGUGAGACCUCAAGUGCAUGAUCGAAGCGACGAUCUAAGCGAAGCUCCCUGAUGCAGCGACCGAGUAGAUCUUCUCUGAUAAUUUUUCCUCCAAAAUGUAUUGAUUUAAUGUCUUUUUGACGUUCCCUCCAGUCGCUCCCAAAGCCGACAGCCUCUUUUAUAUAGGAGGGCCACUCUCACUGACGUCCGGUUUUGGUGCCACGAUAUUCACGCCAUCGAUUGUCGUGGUGGACAUUCUUCUCAAGGAACACGAUGCCGACACUAUCAGACAGCUUUCAUUGUCCUUGAUCUUCUUCCUUCCGCUCCCUGAAUCAAAAGUUUGGGGGGUUUUGUCAGGAUUAAAGUCAAAAGUUAUAUUUAAACCUUAAAUAAAACGCACCGUUUAACAUUGUUAUUUUACUGCUAUUUUGUUGCAAGGCAGCAAAAUCCUUUUCACUUGGAAGCAGAAAUGAAGCCUCUGGCCCUUCUUCGUCCUCUAACAAUCUCGUCAUCUCCUUCACACUUUCCCUCCGUACCGAAACCUCAACUCCACAACCAUAGACUUCGCAUCUCAUGCGCCUCUAUUCCACCAGAAACGUUAAAGAAGGAAAGUGAAAUUUCAAGAACCGAAUACAAAGCUGGAGUGCUGGAUGACUUUUUGCUCAACUCGUUUCGUAACAAAUUGGUGCAGGAAGUUGGAUGGGAUUCAGAGAAGCCUGGAUACGAUGGAUUGAUUGAAUUAGUUAAUGGCCUCAUGAACAAAGGCAAAACAAAUUCUGAGACUAGCGAUGCCGCGGUUCGGAUUUUAGCGUCAUUGUUUCCUCCGCUUGUGUUAAAGCUUUAUAAAAUUCUUAUAUCGCCUAUAGCAGGAGGGAAAAUAGCUGCCAUGAUGGUUGCGAGGGUAACCGCCCUCACUUGUCAGUGGCUCAUGGGUUCAUGCGAGGUGAAUUCUGUGGAUCUUCCUGAUGGAACCACAUGCCAAAGUGGGGUUUUUGUUGAAAGAUGCAAGUAUUUAGAGGAAAGUAAAUGUGUAGGAAUCUGUAUUAAUACCUGUAAACUUCCCACACAGACCUUCUUCAAGGAGUAUAUGGGAGUUCCCUUAUUGAUGGAGCCAAACUUCAAUGACUAUAGCUGCCAGUUUAAAUUUGGGGUACUUCCUCCACUGCCGGAACAUGAUACUGCCCUCCGGGAGCCUUGCUUGGAAAUAUGCCCAACUUCGAGCCGAUGCAAGGAAGCAACCCAGAACCUUAAUGUCCAGCAAUGUCCAAAGGCAUAAAAAUCUCUAGAGGGUUUGUAGUCAGAUAAAUAACUGUAGUAGUCUGGAUAUAUGUUACACAAAUCGCUGCUUAACAAAGGAAACUUGAGCUGCGGUUUUUCUCUUUGCAUUCUGCAUUUCCAGAAUCCAGAAGGGUUGCCAAGUUCUAGUCA